UAUUUUAAAUAACUAAUCAUUUAUUAAGAAUACAGUGUAAAUAAAUAUAAAUAUUAAACUUGUGCAGCAUGUCGUUACGCACGCUUAAUAUCGAAGUACGUAAAAACCUGCACUGCGCCAACGUAUUUUUGCAAUUUGACCAAAACUUAACAGAAACAGAGUUCCUAAAAAUAAACGUAGAAGAAAAUGCACUCAAGUUACGUGGUUUGUCUACUGAAACUAACAUUGAUGUCACUAAGUACUUCACAAUCGAAGCUAAAACGAUGAGCAAUCUUACGGUGGAGGAAUGCAACGCUAGCUUUCGUUUAAGCAUAAACAACAUACAAAAAGAAGCGAAAGCAGACCAACGUAGAAAGCAAAUUUUUGCGCCACAAUUGCUUGAGGGUACCGCAGCUACACUCUGCUGUGCAAAUUGUGAGUGCAUUUUAAUAAAUGAACAACAGUUUAAUAAAAUACGUGAAUUUCCCACUGGCACUGUUGAUAUGGGGCAAUUUUUUUGCCACCACGGUCCGAGCUUCGACAAUAUACUUGUGCCACAAACUAAUGAUUUAUUCUAUGGAUUUGAAUUUAUAGUUUUAAAUUAUAAAACGCUGGAAACAGCAACCAAAUACAAAGAGGGACAUAUAUACUGCAAACGUUGUCUACAAUACUUAGGAUGGACUAUGUUCUCUGACAAAGCAGCGAAAUUAUGGACUGAUACAUUGCAUUUUCAAAUUGAAAAUAAGAAACAAGAUAUAUUUUACAAGCAUCCUACACCGUUGACAUCACAAUUAUUACAGAGAAUUAUUAAAGAUGCCACUGUAGAUAUGGAACCACUGCUUACACAAAUACAAUUUUCGAAAAUUGUGCUGCAGUCUACUUUUCCAAAUCGGAAGUAUAAGUAUGUAUUGCUGCAAAUACUCGAAAAGGAAUUGUGCGUUUUACGUAACGAAACCCCAUUAGCACUUGGCGGUGUUAACAAUAAUAAUGUUUUACAAGUGGAGUUGGAGCCGUACAAAAGCUUUAAAUUACUUUAUAGACUUAUUGAGGAUGAAAGUGAGGAAAGCAAGUCAACAGUUUUGUUGAAUUAUUGGCAACAAGAUAUAAGUAUAAGCACUAUGCAAAUAUCACCUACGCUUUUUAGCAAUCUGUUAGGCGAGUUGGACGAGAACUCUUUACUGUUGCCGGAAGUGUACAGAUUUACGCAAGAUGAUUUUCAACUAAGCUACAUCUUCUAUAAAAACUAGUCAACAAAAAAACAAAAAGGAGUAAAUUAUUAAGAAUUAAAAUUGAAACAUUAAAUUUAUACUG